AUGGAUGGCAAUUCAUUGGUUAACAUCCCAGAAGUGAUUCUUGGCUCUAGCGGUCCUAGAAUGCCACUGUUGGGCAUGGGAACUGCAACUUCUCCUCUAGUCGGUUCAGAAGAAAUCAAAACAGCCAUUCUCCAAGCAAUCGAGCUUGGUUAUAGACAUUUUGAUACAGCCACAUUGUAUCUAACAGAGGAGCCACUCGGGGAAGCCAUUGCCGAAGCAUUGUCUCGUGAUCUAAUUAAAUCAAGAGAGGAGCUUUUCAUCAGCUCCAAGCUAUGGUGCAGUGAUGCUCACAGUGAUCUUGUUCUCCCUGCCCUUCAGAAGAGUCUCAAGGCUCUUCGGGUGGAAUAUCUUGAUCUUUAUGUGAUCCAUUGGCCUGUGAGUUCGAGACCAGGGAUCUAUGAGUUCCCAAUAAAGAAGGGAGAUUUUUUACCAAUGGAUUUUAAAGGUGUAUGGGCAGCAAUGGAAGAAUGCCAGAAACUUGGGCUUGCCAAAUCCAUUGGUGUGAGCAAUUUCUCCUGUAAAAAACUGUCAGACAUUCUUGCUAUAGCAGAGACACCUCCAGCAAUUAAUCAAGUAGAGAUAAACCCACUAUGGCAACAAAAGAAGCAAAUGGAAUUCUGCAAGGCGAAUGGAAUAGUUUUGACUGCUUAUGGUCCUUUAGGAGGAACCAUUAUGGGUUGCAGCAGGGUUAUGGAGAAUGAAGUGCUCAAGGAGAUUGCAAAUGCCAAAGGAAAGAGUGUUGCUCAGAUCUGUCUGAGGUGGGCAUAUGAGCAAGGAGUAUGCAUAUUGGUGAAGAGUUUCCACAGCGAGAGGAUGAAGGAGAAUCUUGACAUAUUCAACUGGACAUUGAGUGAAGAAGAAUCCAAGAAAAUCAGUGAGAUUCCUCAGAGCAAAGGAUCCAGCGGAGUAGAUUACAUCUCAGAUCAAGGCCCUUUCAAGACCCUGGAGGAACUCUGGGAUGGAGAAAUCUGA